UGGAGCAGUGUAGCCGCGUUCACGCUUUUUCCCCCUCACACUUGCGGCAUGGCUGCGGAUAGCACAAUGUCUAAUGGUCAGGAAACGGCGUCUCUGAACGGCGAACCCGCGCUCAAGCGCUCCAGAGACAGCGUGGACUCGCUGCGGAUGCCGCGGGAGCCCCAGAAUAAAGUGACCGUCGUGCUGGGAGCCCAGUGGGGCGAUGAGGGCAAGGGGAAAGUGGUCGACCUCUUGGCGAUGGACGCCGACAUUGUAUGCAGAUGCCAGGGAGGAAAUAACGCGGGACACACGGUGGUGGUGGACGGUGUGGAGUAUGAUUUUCACUUACUUCCCAGUGGCGUUCUCAACAAAAAGGCCACCUCAUUUAUUGGAAAUGGUGUUGUGAUACACCUGCCAGGACUGUUUGAUGAGGCCGAGAAGAACUCGCAGAAAGGCAACGGGCUUCAAGGAUGGGAGGAACGACUGAAGAUAUCUGACCGGGCUCAUAUUGUGUUUAAUUUCCAUCAGGCCGUUGAUGGGAUACAGGAGCAACUCAGACAGCAGCAGGCGGGGAAGAAUUUAGGCACUACUAAGAAAGGCAUUGGACCUGCAUAUUCCUCCAAAGCGGCACGUAAUGGACUGAGAGUGUGUGAUCUGGUCUCAGACUUCUCAGUCUUUGAGGAAAAGUUUCGGGUGUUGGCCGGUCACUUUCAGACCACAUAUCCUAACCUUAAUAUUGAUAUUGAUGCUGAGCUUGAGCAACUGAAGGGUUAUGCUGAGAGGUUGCGACCUCUGGUAACCGAUGGGGUUUAUUUCAUGCACAAAGCCCUCAACGGACCAAGCAAGAAGAUUCUGGUGGAAGGAGCCAACGCUGCCUUACUGGAUAUCGAUUUUGGGACCUACCCCUUUGUGACCUCAUCGAACUGUACCGUGGGAGGCGUUUGCACGGGUCUUGGAGUCCCGCCGUCUCAUGUUGGCCGUGUAUAUGGAGUGGUGAAGGCUUACACCACCAGGGUGGGGGUCGGGGCUUUCCCCACUGAGCAAGAUAACGAUACUGGAGAUCUGCUUCAGAGCAGGGGGAGGGAGUUUGGCGUCACAACAGGCAGGCGGCGUCGCUGCGGAUGGCUGGACCUGGUUUUGGUUCGCUAUGCCCACAUGGUUAAUGGCUUUUCUGCCAUUGCUUUGACCAAAUUGGACAUUCUUGACACGUUGCCGGAAAUAAAGAUUGGCAUAGCCUACACGGUUGAUGGAAAGCCUCUACCCAGUUUUCCUGCAAAUAUGGACGUCCUCACAAAGGUUCAAGUGACUUACGAGACAUUCCCUGGCUGGAGUUGCAGCACCGAGGGAGUGCGCAGUUUUGAAGAGCUGCCCUCACAGGCGCAAGCUUACAUUCGCUUUAUCGAGAAUUUCCUGCAGGUGCCAGUGAAGUGGGUUGGAGUUGGCAAGUCAAGAGAAAGCAUGAUAAAGCUGUUCUGACGAGGGCAACGUCUGCCAGGACAUCCAUCAUCACGGCCGCCGGAGGACCAGAACUUUCUUUUAUGCAUCAGCGCUGAGAUUAAGACGAACUGUGGGUUUAGAAUCCACCGAAUGUCCCACUCAAAGUGAACACCAGCAUUGUGUAUACAGGUCUGGUUUGAGCGCCAGACUCGCUUUCCUGCAUUUGUAAAUCUCGACUCGUACCUCUUUCUUCCAAAGCACAUCUCAGAUCAUACCUCUGUCAGUCGUUAGCCGUCCGAAGGCAUUCGGAUCGAGGGAUUUCAUUUUACCGUUUUUUUUUCUUAAAAUCAAACUUUGCACUCUAGCAUUUAAAUUUUCCAUUUUCAUUGCUUAUAGGUGGAUAAAACCAAACAGAAUUUUAAGAUUGUCAUGUGAUGUUUAUUUUUAUGUAAUCCGGUGUGAGGGGGGCGAGCGCUAAGUCUUUUUAAUUCAGUGUUUGUGUAUACGUUUAAGACCAGGUUGAUGUGGUUUGAAACGCCAAAAGGGACCUUCAGUCUUUGUGAUAUUAAAAAAAAAAAAAAACAGAAAGGCAUUGUUAAUAGUCAGCAGUUGGUGCACUCAGACACAGAUCUUGAAUCUAUGAAUGACCGUCAUACAGAUACACAUUACAUUCCACCUAGUGCACAGACUCAUUUGCUGCUGUUUUUCUCAAGAAUAAAGUGCAAAACUGAUCAUGGUUUUAAGCGAA